ACCAAUCCCCACGGCGGAAUCCCGUCCAUUGAUAAGAAACUUUCCCAUGCACACAUAGUCGACCAUAUUUCGUCCCUUUUUUCGGUGUUUUCAUAAACAAAAUAAUCGUUUUCCGGAACUAAUAAUAAUUAAUAAUUCGUGCGCGAUUUGAAAGUGGCGUCGUUAUAAUGCGGGGCACGUUGGCGACGAUUGAUCCUUUCCAGUCUGGAUGGGGCAGACAAAGGAGACCGGAAGAGGCGAGAAAACAGCUGAUUUUUUAAUUGGCUAUAUUUUUUUAUAUAGCACCUUUUUGGAAUUUUUAAAAUAAUGGGUUCUUCCAGCGGCGGAAAAAAGAAAUACCUUAGUUUUCGCAAUAAACAGCGCGCCAACAUGAGUUUCUUUAUAGUGGUCAUGUUCUUCGCCGUCUUCGGGAUCAUCGUUUUCACCGAGAUAUUUUUUAUCGACGAGAAGGAUAAGGCCGCAGGUGUUAUGGUACGCCACGGAGCCAUCGGAUUUCAGCAGAAAGACCGAGAAUACGAUAGCGAUUUUCAAGCAGACGAUUACAUAUCGAUCCGCGUCGGCCAAGUGAUGAUGGAUAAUCCGGACAUAAGUGACAUUUUACUGGGCAGACCUCAAACGCACGAGCUGGCCGUGUCGAAUUUCGGCCAUCAGUUCGUGUCCAAAUUCAUGAACGAAGGCCUGCUGCCUCCAUAUCCAGAGAACCUAUCCAUAUCAAACGGGUCAUGGCAAAACGUCCUGGGCACAAGAUAUAAAUUUUACGUAUUUUCGGCUUAUUACGACCAAAGAAGGAACCAGCGAAACGUGAGGAUAAUCGCGGCGACAAAAACGAGGGGCCCCGAAAGGGUCUGGUGCCGUUUCUGGUACAAACACGCGGACAACGCGACCGCCAACAUAUCGAAAGCCGUACCCGCCAAACUGAAGGUGAUAAGGGAAAAUUGGAAUCUACGCUAUAGCGCGUGUUUCGUCAUGUGCCCCCUGAAAGCAAACCUGACGAUCCCUACUGCCGUGAGCGUCGUGGCCCGAUUAAAAGACCCGCCCUCCAACGUGCUCUCCGUUAUCAACAAUUUCAACGUAUCCAAUAAUGUGAAAUUACCGGGGGCGAUCGAUAAGUUCGCCGUAUGCGUGAAGCCGCUUCAUUUCAAUUAUAAUAAGGAACUGCAAAUAAUGGAAUUUAUCGAACUGAAUCGCCUGAUGGGCGUGGACCAUCUGACUUUUUACAACCACACCAUCGGUCCGCAAGUGUCUUGCGUCCUGGACGACUAUCGGCGCCGAGGAAUCGUCACCCUGUUACCGUGGAAACUGCAAAUGGUCUCCCAGCGGGAAAUUCGUACCGAGGGGCUGUUCGCCGCCCUCAACGACUGCCUGUACAGGUCGAUGUACCACUAUUCGCACGCCCUAUUGAUCGACUUGGACGAGUACAUUAUUCCGAAUUAUAAUGAAACUUUACCGCAACUUAUCGAUUAUCUGAACCAUCGAUUGAACACGAGAAGCACCGGCUCGUACUCGUUCCAAAAUGCCUUUUUUUACUUGCAAUGGGACGACGACGGUCGAGUGAGCGAUUUCGAUGACGUGAUCUCCUCGAACUUAAUCACGAUGAGGAAAACCCGAAGGAAAACUAAAUUGCACCCGCAUAAGCAGCGCUCCAAGUACAUUUGUCGACCCGAGUUGGUCGUGGAGGCGGGCAAUCACUUUGUUUGGGAAUUCAUACCCGGACACGGCACUUUAAAUGUACCGGCAGACGCAGCAAUACUACACCACUACAGGAUAUGUGAGUUUGGUGGAAAUGAUUGCAUUAAAACCGCAUCGGUUGUCGAUCAAACCGCUUACAGAUAUUUGGAAGGUCUUACGAAGGCGGUAAGGAGGCGGUACGAGCAGCUGAAGCAAAAGUGCGGCCUAUCGAAGCCCAAGGAAGCCCCAACCAAGAUGUUCCACAAAAUUCUGCAGAUGCUUAAAACCGGUGCUCAAAGGAAAUAAUGAAGAAAAUGUGAUUUUAGCCGUAAUAGGACUAAUUAGUUGUAAAUACUUUUAGUAAUAAUAUAUCAUUGUAUAUUAAUCGAAA